CCCGUCUCACAUCGCCCUCUGUCACUCGUACAAAACCCUAAGAUUCUCUCUAGAAACUCUCCUUCAGAAAUGGCCAGAACCAAGCAGACUGCUCGGAAGUCCACAGGAGGCAAAGCCCCUAGGAAGCAGCUGGCCACGAAGGCCGCCAGGAAGUCGGCUCCUGCCACUGGAGGAGUCAAGAAGCCUCACCGCUUCAGGCCUGGAACGGUGGCGCUGAGGGAGAUCAGGAAGUACCAGAAGAGCACGGAGCUGUUGAUCCGGAAGCUUCCUUUCCAGAGGCUGGUGCGUGAGAUCGCCCAGGACUUCAAGACCGAUCUCAGGUUCCAGAGCAGCGCCGUGGCGGCAUUGCAGGAGGCUGCCGAGGCCUACUUGGUGGGGCUGUUCGAGGACACCAAUCUCUGCGCGAUUCACGCCAAGAGGGUCACCAUCAUGCCCAAAGAUAUUCAGCUAGCGAGGAGGAUCAGAGGCGAGAGGGCUUGAGUUGUUGCCCUCUCCGGGUCAAUUUGUGGAUUUUGUCACUUUUUAGAAAUUAGGGUAGGUGUGGAAAUCUUUAUCUGGAGAUUCUGUAGGUUUUUAAGGGUGUAUCAUGUUGAGUAGCGUGUAAAACUCUUUAUGAAAGUUAAUGGAACCUGUCUUUUGUUCA